UUCCUUUUGCCCGGAGGAAUAGAGAUGGGGGAAAUAGGCCUGCAUGUGUAGCAUGAUGUGCCCCCUCUGUGUCCGUGUGCUGGGAUUAUCCAGAAUAGCCCGGGCCCCGUGUCCCAGAGUCAGGAAGUACGGCCCCUGUUAUGACAUUAAUGUCCAGCCUGAGUUACCUAGCAGACAGGGGUGCCCUCGCACAAGGGGAUUAAUAAUGUCCUGUAAUGAUGACCGCAUUUGGUCCGAGGCUGGCGGGGACACCGGUGCCGGGGGUUGUAUAAGUAACUCCGAUGCAAUCCGUUUGAAUCCCCGGGAGCCAUCUUAUACCAUGGAGAAGUCAGAUGAACGGACAGAAGUUGUCCUAUUGGCUACCGGCUCAUAUAACCCGAUCACUGUAAUGCACCUGAGGCUAUUUGAACUGGCACGGGACUAUCUGAACUCCACAGGAAACUAUAAGGUAGUGAAAGGUAUUAUAUCUCCUGUGAGCGAUGGAUACAAAAAGAAGGGCCUAGUGGAGGGGCAACAUCGGCUAUCAAUGGCCCAACUGGCAACUCAGACAUCGGAUUGGAUAAAGGUGGACCCGUGGGAGUGUUUGAAACAGGACUGGACUGACACUGUAGCAGUGUUAAGACAUCACCAGCAGCUCGUGGGUACGAAUAAUGCAGAGAACCUGAAUAAGAAAUCUGGGUGCAGGAAGAGUAACAAGAGGAAGAGGGACAGCAACUGCCAAGACGUCCCCGACCAUAAAUGUUUGGAGAGCAGAGAUGCCCCUCAGGUGAAGCUGCUGUGUGGGGCGGAUAUGUUGGAAUCGCUCGGAACCCCCAAUCUCUGGAAACCCGAACACAUAGUUGAGAUAGUGUCGUCUUUUGGUCUGGUCUGUAUCACCAGGAUAGGGAACGACCCACGGAAGUUCAUCUACGAGUCGGACAUCCUCUGGAAGUACAGGCAUAAUAUUCAUUUGGUGGAAGAGUGGAUCACCAAUGACAUCUCCUCCACCAAGGUCAGGCGAGCCCUACGGAGAGGAAUGAGCAUCCGGUAUCUUGUGCCUGACCUAGUAUUGGAUUAUAUCAAAAACCAUGACUUGUAUAGCGAGGAGAGUGAGGAAAAGAACUCGGGCCUUACUUUAGAGCCUCUGGUGAGGAACACCAAGAACCUUCAAUAA